UCCCGCCGUCCGUGUGCUCUCUUUCUUUUCGGCAGCUCGCGGGUUAGCUUAGCUCACAGGUUAGCUCACAGCUUCAGCAAGAUGUCCCGCGUCUACAUCGGACGGUUGAGCUACAGAGCCAGGGAGAAGGACGUGGAGAGGUUCUUCAAGGGUUAUGGGAAGAUUCUGGAGGUGGACCUAAAAAACGGGUACGGCUUUGUUGAGUUUGACGACCCGCGUGACGCAGACGAUGCCGUCUAUGACCUGAACGGCAAAGAGCUGUGUGGUGAGCGGGUCAUUGUGGAGCACACCAAGGGGCCCCGGCGUGACGGGGGCUACAGUGGUGGACGGAGUGGAUAUGGGCGCUGGGGAGGACGGGACAGGUACGGUCCACCUGUCCGCACCGAUUACCGGCUCAUUGUUGAGAAUCUUUCCAGCCGCUGCAGCUGGCAGGACUUAAAGGACUACAUGAGGCAGGCGGGGGAGGUGACCUACGCCGACACCCACAAAGGCCGUAAGAACGAGGGCGUGAUCGAGUUCAGGCAGUACGCGGACAUGAAGAGGGCUCUGGAGAAGCUGGACGGCACCGAGGUCAACGGCAGGAAGAUCCGCCUCAUCGAGGACCGGCCCGGCGCCCGCCGCCGCCGCUCCUACUCCCGCAGCCGCUCCAGGUCUCGCUCCAGGAGUCGCAGGUCUCACAAGAGCCGCAGCCGCAGCGAGAGCAGCAGCCGCAGCCGGUCCCGGUCCAGAGCUGCUUCUCGCUCCCGCAGCCGAUCCCGCAGCAAGAAGAACAAGAGCAAGAAAGACGAGGAAGAGCGCAGCAACGGCGCCCAGAAGGACGACGACCGCAGCCGGAGCCGCAGCCCCAAGAGCAAAAAGAGCAAGAAGGAAGGGAAGUCGGCCAAGAAGGAGGAUUCCAGGUCCAGGUCCAGAUCCGCCUCCAGGUCCAGGUCCCGUUCCAGAUCCAGCGCUAAAGAUCGCCCCAGAAAAUCCGUGUCUCCGGAUCGCGAGCCGCCCAAGAGCGACAACGAGGCGGGCGACGCCGAGAGGGCGUCCCGCUCCCGUUCCCGCUCGCCUGACGAGCCCAGAGCCAGAUCCAAGUCCAAGUCCAAGUCCCCGUCUGCCUCGCCGGCCAAAGCCCGGUCCCGGUCCCGCUCCGCCUCCCGCUCCGAGUCCCGCUCCAAGUCCCGCUCCAAAUCUCGCUCCAAAUCCCGAUCCCAGUCCCGUUCCCGCUCUCGUUCCCGCUCCUAGUUCAGACCCUGGACUGCGUCACCAUCCCAGACAUCUGCCCCCCCCCCCCCCCCCCCCC